GCAUUCAAGAUUCCUUCACUGUUAACUAGGCAUAACAGACGUGAAACGUGUGCUAAUAGUAACGUAUCUUCGAGUUUGGACAGUCAGAGCCCAGUAGCUUGCGCUAAUGUCACACCGAGGGAGCUGAAGAGUGAAAUAAGUUCUGUUCAUAGUUGCGUGUUUCCGUGUGACCGAAGAAAAGGAGGAGAGGACAGCUCCGCCUUGUUCACCUUGUCACGAGAGAAUUACUGCACGUCAGAUCCUGAAAAAACAGACCCUAAUCUAUUUACUAACACUCACGUUAGCGGCUCGAGUGUGUUUAUAUUCUUGCGUGAUUGCUACAACCUACGUAUCUUUGUUUCUAAGGGCAUUUGUGCGUAUUAAUUACCUAUGUGCAACUUUUACACCACGUUCCUCGGAAAUUGCAGCAGGACACGCUGAGCGCGCGCUGUCUACUCCCUGAUUAACUCCCGCGCGCGCUUGUGAUUUUCAUCAACUCAGGAAUUAUGGGAUGCUGCGGUAGCACACAGAAGAGCCGUGAGUGGAAACCCUUAGAGCAGAGGAAGUGCACAGAUAUCCCAUGGCUUCUUCUGUUCAUCCUCUUCAAUAUCGGCAUGCUCUGCAUCUGUGGCUUUGCCAUUGCGACAGGGGCCGCGUCCAGACUCAUAUCAGGGUACGACAGCUACGGGAACACCUGCGGUCAGAAGAACGCCAAAAUCCCGGGAAUAGAGCUCAGCGGCCUCGACCACACGUCCAGAAAGUAUGUAAAGUAUGAAAGUAAAAUUGAGGAAUCUAGGAGUAAUUUUCGAUGCCAACCUAAUGUUUGAGCCACAUGUUCUGAAUACUGUUAAAAUUUCAUUCUUCCAUCUUAGAAAUAUUGCCAGAUUGCAUCCGAUGCUAUCGUUUACUGUUUACAUUUACAUUUACAUUUAAUCAUUUAGCAGACGCUUUUAUCCA